AUGGACAUCACUAACGGGACACAAGUCACAAGGUUUAUCUUUUCAGGACUGACGAAUGAUGACAACCUUAUCCCCUUCCUCUUUAUACUCUUCUUUCCUCUUUAUAUCAUGACCAUCAUGGCAAAUGUUGGCUUACUUACUAUUGUCCAAACCACUUCGAGCCUUCAGAACCCAAUGUACUUCUUCCUGAGUUACCUCUCUCUGGUGGACGUCUUCUAUUCCUCUUCAGUUAUCCCUAAAAUGCUUGUGGACCUCAUAUCCAAGAAGAAGGCUAUCUCAUUUGUAGGUUGUGCUUUCCAAUUUUUCGUCUACUGUUUACUGGUGGCCAGUGAAUCUCUUCUCUUCUCCACUAUGUCAUAUGAUCGCUAUGUCGCCGUCUGCCACCCUCUCCAUUAUAUGACUAUUAUGACUAAGAAGAAAUGUCUAUGCCUUGUUUCUGUUGUUUUAUCUAUUGGAUUCAUACAGUCAUCGGUACAGACUGGCUGUACUUUCACUCUAAAAUUCUGUGGGUCAAACCUCAUCAACCAUUUCUACUGUGAUGUUUUCCCAGUUCUUAAACUGUCCUGCUCUGAUAAUUUCACAUGUGGCAUUAUAACCAUCUGCAUUGUAUGCAUUCUAGGCAUAGGUCCACUUAUAGUUAUUCUACUUUCAUACCUGCUAAUUAUCUUCUCAGUUUCACAAAUAAAAUCGUCAUCGGGCAGAAGUAAAGCCUUCAGCACCUGCUCAUCACAUCUCAUGUGCGUCUUCAUCUUCUAUGGAUCUAUUUUUUUCACUUACCUGCGUUCUCACUCCAGAAUCUUUACAGUAAAAGACAAGGUGGCUUCUGUCUUCUACACAGCAGUGACACCAAUGCUGAACCCCCUAAUAUAUAGUCUGAGAAACCAAGAUGUGAAACACACCGUCAUAACAUUAGUUCGGAAACUGUUAAAGAAGCGUAAAUGGUGUUCUACCAGUACUUAA